UUAUAAAUUUGACUGAUAAGGAAGCCGGUUUUGACUGAAACCGUGUAUGCUAAAUUCAGCAUCGCGCAUUUUGCACACUUCUGUACUAACCUUUUUCUUUCAGCACUCGUCUAAUAUUUGGAAUUUUUAAUUCGAUUAUUCUCAAACAGUCUCACGAAAUGUUCGACAAAAUAUUGCAAACUAUGGUCAUGGAAGCACCACCUUCCCCACAAAGUGUUGGCAGGGAAUUUGUACGACAGUACUAUACUCUUAUGCAUCAAGCCCCCAACCAUCUCCAUCGGUUUUACAACAACCAAUCCUCCUUCGUGCACGGGGGUCUUGAUCCUUCAAAUCGCGAACCAACCCCGGUGAUCGGUCAGAAGGCCAUCCACCUGAAGAUUCAGCAAUUGAACUUCAGGGACUGCCAUGCCAAGAUCACCCAGGUCGACUCUCAGGCCACCUUGGGCGGCGGCGUCGUGGUGCAGGUGACUGGGGAGCUGUCCAACGCCGGACAGCCGAUGCGACGUUUCACCCAGACGUUCGUCCUGGCCGCCCAGGCCCCCAAGAAGUAUUAUGUGCACAACGACAUCUUCCGCUACCAGGACGAGAUAAUAUCCGAUGAGGAGUGCGAAGCCGAGACGUGCUCUGAACCUGAGGAAGAGGCCAAUCAGGAGUGCCCCGUCAUCUCCGAGGUUCCCCAACAGCAACCGCCUCAGGUCAUACCCUUCUUCAACGCUAACGCUCCACUGCAACCAGGGAUGCAACCCGUUCCUCACAUCCCCGCCCAGCCCCCUCAGCAUGUAAUGCCGCCGCAACCUGUUGCCCAAGUAAACGGCGCCCUUCAUCCCGAGGAAAUCAACAUAAUUUCCGCACAAGCGCAAAUUCCGAGCCCGGUGAUGAGCGCCCCGCAAAACAUACCGCCCGCCCAGAUCCCGGUGAUGCAUUCGAACAUCGUUGUUCCGAGCAGCAGCCCACCGGCCGUUAUGGAAGAGGCCCUCGUCGAGCAGGUCGAGGAACCGAGGCCGGCGUUCGUCGAGGCCGUCGAGCCUGAGCCGGAACAGCAGGACUUUUCCGUCGACCAGGCUUCCCCCUCUAACGAACCCAAGACCUACGCUAACCUACUCAAAUCGACCACUUACCCGCCCGCCGCCACCGUCCAGACCUCUCCCCCGCAACCCCAACCCGCGCAACAGCAGCAGCCGCAGCAACAACAGAUAUUGCAGCAGCAGCAGCAACCUCCCCAGGCUCCCGUAACCCCUAACCAAUCGUACCAGCCCAAACCGGUUUCGCCCACUUUCAACCAGCCCGGUAGGAACAUGAACAGGAACAACCGCAACGGACCGCAGAACGCCCGCAUGCCGCGACAGGAUUCGAACAGGAUGUCCGGCGGCAGAAACGACGAGGGUGGAGACGACAGGAGGAAGAGCCAGUCCGGCAGUUACUCCGACAGCAACCAGCUUUUCCUCGGAAAUCUGCCGCACAACGCUACAGAGGACGAACUUAGGGAGGUGUUUACCGAUUUCGGCAUCAUCGUCGAUCUUAGGGUGCACGGCAGGGGUCCCAACAAGAACGGCAUGGCCGGUGGCAGAAUACCGCCGAAUUACGGUUUCAUCACCUUCGAAACCAUCCAGGGGGUGCAGAAUUGUCUCGCGGCAAGGCCCAUCUACUUCCCGAAAGGUAAGGAAGGCGCCACGCCCUUAAACGUCGAGGAGAAAAAGACGAAGGACCGUCCGUCGUACGGCGGAAGGCCCAACAACGACAACAGGAACCGCGACAGGGACAACAACGCGCCGCGAAGGGGUCCUAGCGGUCCAAAUCGUAACGGCACCAACGGAAACGGAAAUCCAGGCACGCAGCAGAACAGACCCGCCUACAACAACAGGAACGGCCCGACCAACCGCGGUCCGAACAACGGCAACAACAAUAACAACACCACAUAUAACAACCGCCGCUAGGAGAGCAAACGUUGAGGCGGCCGGCGGCUUAUCGGCGGUUUCAACUAAAACAAAAAAAAUUUUCAUUUGUGAGCCAUUAGCUUAUUGGCAAUUAAAGACUUAAUAAUAUCUUAAGAUUUAACAACAACGGAUGUAUGUUCCGUUACUAUCCUUAUUAUCGCAACAGAAUAAACAACAUUUUGUGUGGACAAAAUCUAGUGUACGUAAAUUGUACAGUGUUUUCCAAGUCUGAAAAGUGAAAAGGUAGUGCCAAUAGAGGACCAUAGCUGAAGCAUUUUCCCCCCCUCCCUAAAACCGUUUUACAUCGUGGAAUCUCUCAAGCGAAAGGAUUGAUUUCUGAUGUGUGAUAAUUUUUUUUAGUAUAAUAUUCAUUUCGCGAGUUGAGUGAUUUCACUAUAGCAAAAAUCCAUUUUACAGAUUUGAUGAAUUGAUCUAGUAUUGUUGUUCAUAUAUAUAGUGAAAGCAAUUUUUUAUUGAUUUCCGAGUGGACUUUUUGUUUUUAUCGAUCAUCAGGGAAAUUUCAGUGAAGAAACCUUAAUAGGUAAUACACUUUGGAAGCUAAUGUUUUUUAUGAAUCUGAAUUGAUUGGAAUCAAUUAUCUUAAUGUACUAUGUAUAUUAUUGUACGCCAAAUUCAUAUUGUAAAGUGCAUUUUCCCUUCAAUUAAUAAUAUUGAGGAAUAGUUUUUAAAAAGUUAUUCGCGAUUAUAUCAUGCAAUAUUAAAAAUUCUUAGUUUUCAGUCAAUUGUUUUUUCAUCUUAAUUUUAUCCAGAUUCGAACUUAAAUUAUUUUUAUUGUAAAGAAUACAAUGUAAUUUAUAAUGAAAAAUUUAGUCAAUAAACAAACCGAUCGGGACUCAACUUUUCAGCUUUUCGAUCGAAUACCUGAAGAAAAUGUACAGAUCGAUGAAAAUCGAUACAUAGCUUUAACAUGAUUAACAUAGCAAAUUGAAAUAUCUUAGAGUAUCCGCGCAAGUCGAAAAAAGAAUUCUGAGAGUCUCUGAAAGUUGAUGCCUGAUCUUGAUAAAAAUUAAAUUGUAUUUUUUCUUGUUGACUGACAUUGUUUUUUAUCCAUCCUUUGUUUUUAUUGAUUCUUUCAGUGAAAUCUGCCUGAUAACCUAAAACUAUUAUUUUGUUUUGUACAAACCUUAAAAUAAAAUUUAUUUAAAAAAGAAA